UCGCUGCGCUCGCCUUUCUCUCUCAGCAUCUUUCCUGGGAGCCCGGAGGUGAAGCCGCGCCAGCAGCAGCAUCCAUGGCCUGUCUUUCCGGACUCCUUGGAAAUUAAGGAAUGCAAUUCUGCCACCAUGAUGGAAGGAUUGAAAAAACGUACAAGGAAGGCCUUUGGAAUACGGAAGAAAGAAAAGGACACUGAUUCUACAGGCUCACCAGAUCGAGAUGGAAUUCAGCCCAGCCCACAUGAACCACCCUACAAUUACAAAGCAGAGUGUGCGCGUGAAGGAGGAAAAAAAGUUUCGAAGAAAAGCAAUGGGGCACCAAAUGGAUUUUAUGCAGAAAUUGAUUGGGAAAGAUAUAACUCACCUGAGCUGGAUGAAGAAGGCUACAGCAUUAGACCCGAGGAACCUGGCUCAACCAAAGGAAAGCACUUUUAUUCUUCGAGUGAAUCAGAAGAGGAAGAAGAAUCACACAAGAAAUUCAACAUCAAGAUUAAACCAUUGCAAUCUAAGGAUGUUCUUAAGAAUGCUGCAACGGUAGAUGAGUUGAAGGCAUCAAUAGGAAACAUUGCACUUUCCCCAUCACCAGUGAGGCGCAGCCCGGGUGCAAUUAAAAGGAACUUAUCCAGUGAAGAAGUGGCAAGACCCAGGCGUUCAACUCCAACUCCAGAACUUAUAAGCAAAAAGCCUCCUGAUGACACUGUGGCCCUUGCUCCCCUCUUCGGCCCACCAUUAGAAUCAGCUUUCGAUGGACAGAAGACAGAAGUUCUUCUAGAUCAGCCUGAGAUCUGGGGUUCAGGCCAAUCAAUUAAUCCAAAUCUGGAGUCGCCAAAGUUAACAAGGCCUUUUCCCUCUGGAACACCUCCACCACUGCCUCCAAAAAAUGUACCAGCCACUCCACCUCGAACAGGCUCCCCCUUAACAGUUGCACCAGGAAAUGACCAGUCAGCCACAGAGGCCAAAAUUGAAAAACUACCAUCCAUCAAUGAUUUGGACAGCAUUUUUGGCCCAGUGCUGUCCCCCAAGUCUGUGGCCAUUAACACUGAAGAAAAAUGGGUCCAUUUUUCUGAUACGUCCCCGGAACACGUUACUCCAGAGUUGACUCCAAGGGAAACAGUGGUAUCUCCAACAGCUGCAUCAGACAACCCAGCUGACUCCCCAGCUUCAGGCCCUCCUGGCCCCCCGGGCCCCUCAGAUUCCCAGGGACCUCCUGGUCCUACACGCAAUGUACCAUCUCCGCUCAAUUUAGAAGAAGUCCAGAAGAAAGUUGCUGAGCAGACCUUCAUUAAAGAUGAUUACUUAGAAACAAUCUCAUCUCCUAAAGAUUUUGGGUUGGGACAGAGAGCAACUCCACCUCCCCCACCACCACCCACCUACAGGACUGUGGUUUCGUCCCCCGGACCUGGCUCGGGCAGUGGUACGGGGACCACCAGUGGUACAUCAUCUCCUGCUCGACCAGCCACUCCCUUGGUUCCCUGCAGCAGUACCACUCCACCUCCACCUCCUCCUCGACCUCCAUCCCGGCCAAAACUACCUCCAGGAAAGCCUGGAGUCGGAGAUGUGUCCAGACCCUUUAGCCCACCCAUACAUUCUUCCAGCCCGCCUCCGAUAGCACCCUUAGCCCGGGCUGAAAGCACUUCUUCAAUAUCGUCAACCAAUUCCCUGAGUGCAGCCACCACUCCCACAGUUGUGUCAGAAGAUGAUGUUUUUUAUGACAAACUGCCCUCGUUUGAAAGGCGCUGUGACACGCCUGCAGAGAAUGAACAGCCUUCCCUCGUUUGGUUUGACAGAGGAAAGUUUUAUUUGACUUUUGAAGGUUCCUCCAGGGGACCCAGCCCCCUAACCAUGGGAGCCCAGGACACGCUUCCUGUUGCAGCAGCAUUCACAGAAACAGUCAAUGCCUACUUCAAAGGAGCGGAUCCCAGCAAGUGUAUCGUUAAGAUUACCGGAGAAAUGGUGUUAUCCUUUCCUGCCGGCAUCACCAGGCACUUUGCCAACAACCCAUGCCCAGCCGCUCUGACGUUUCGGGUGGUAAAUUUCAGCAGGUUAGAACAUGUCCUGCCAAAUCCCCAACUUCUCUGCUGUGACAAUACACAAAAUGAUGCCAAUACCAAGGAAUUCUGGGUAAAUAUGCCAAAUUUGAUGACUCACCUAAAGAAAGUGUCUGAACAAAAACCCCAGGCUACAUAUUACAAUGUGGACAUGCUCAAAUACCAGGUGUCUGCCCAAGGCAUUCAGUCCACGCCUCUGAACCUGGCAGUGAACUGGCGGUGUGAGCCUGCAAGCACUGACCUGCGCAUAGAUUACAAGUACAACACCGAUGCAAUGACCACUGCUGUGGCCCUCAACAACGUGCAGUUCCUGGUUCCCAUAGAUGGAGGAGUGACCAAGCUCCAGGCUGUGCUCCCCCCAGCGGUCUGGAAUGCUGAACAACAAAGAAUAUUGUGGAAGAUUCCUGAUAUAUCUCAAAAGUCAGAAAAUGGAGGUGUGGGUUCAUUAUUGGCAAGAUUUCAGUUAUCUGAAGGCCCAAGCAAACCUUCCCCAUUGGUUGUACAGUUCACAAGUGAAGGAAGCACUCUUUCUGGCUGUGACAUUGAACUUGUUGGAGCAGGAUAUCGGUUUUCACUCAUCAAGAAGAGGUUUGCUGCAGGAAAAUAUUUGGCAGAUAACUGAUAAAAUCUUAUGCAAGGACUUGGAAAAUUCCUUUGUGGAGAACUGUUAUAUAAGAAACAGGUUUUCAUUCUGGUUGAUAAAAAAGAAACCAGUGUCUACACUCUGGAUAUAUCAGCUGAAAGGUUGUGGUCUUUCAGAGAUAAUUUCCCUCACCCAGUACCAUGACAACCAGUCCUACAGUAUUUACUUCUAGCUGUAAUAUUGUUAAUGGUUUUAAAAUGGAAUUAUUGUAUUUGUAAAUUGUAUUCUCAUUCCAGUAAGACAGUUAGACACUUGAGUUCUAGCAUUUUAUCAUACCUGAAACGGAUGUAAUUUAAACUGUGGUAUGUAAAUUUACUAGUAGUCCUGUUGAAUGGCACAGUGCUUACAGACCUAGAUCGCAUUUUGUCAAUAUAUAAAAUUUAAAUAUAAUACUGAUUGCUGUCACAAAGGGGGUGCCACAUAGAAGAAACUUAAAGGGAACCAGAAGAAAAAAAGAACAUCUUUACUUUUCUUCAGUUCUUUGUAUGUUUUACGCUAGUGCUAAACAAAUAUUCUAUCUUUGGAUGUUUAGUGGGUUAAAUUCAGAAACUAUUUAAAAAAAAUUCUAAGGUUACAGCAUAUUCAAAGAAAACCAUUACUUACCACUUUUUAAAAAGCUUUUUUUUCAAACUGCAAAUUUCAUAAAAACGCAAACUGUGUAAACAGGGCCUCUUAUUUUUAUAACUUGUGUAAAAAGGGAAAGCAAUUCAUAUUUAAAGUUUAAGUAUAUUAAAUUAUAAUCAAGAGAGAAGAUGUUGAAAUCUUAACUAGUUUCCCCUUUCUCUACAGUUUAACAAAUGUGAAGGUUGCUGAAUAAUUGUCAGGCUAAAACCAAACCUGUGGUUUAAGGUCUUAAGAUAUUCCGUAGUUGAAAUCGUUAAUAACUUUUGCACAAUUCCUCUGAACAGAUGGUCUGUCUGUCUCACACAGCACAGAUGAAUGAUACCUUGUGACUUCCUCUUAACCCCUAGGAAUCAAAAUAUUGAGGAAAAGA